GACAUAAUCUAACCAAUUGGAAUAUUGAGUAAUCUCCCCUGUUGACAAAAUCUAUUUUUAAACAACAAUUUUUACCUGUUCUUAUAUUUAGUACACAUGGGCAUGUUAGAUAGGUGAAGGUUGUCUUAUUCAAUGGUCAUUACUUGAAAGUUUAUUUGUUAUAUUGGUGCAGGUUUUGUGUAAAAGACUACAGCUUUGAUGAGAGCAUACAUUUAUUCAGAGGAAUACAUUGUAUAUACAUGUUAGCUAUAUAAGGAUCAACAUAAAAAGACAUUGGUUAAGCUCUUUGUGGAAUUUUAUCAUACUGAUAAGAAGUUGGAGCAAGAAAUUAUUAUUUACUUAUUUAGUGAGGGAAUAGGUACCUCAUAAAUUUAGCAGAAAUAGAAUAAAGUCAAUACUAGCUAUAUUGAAGAGGAAAAACCUGAAUGAGAUCUGAAUAUUAUCUACCGGUACAUUAAAGAGGAAAUACCUGAUUGAGGUCUAAUUACUCUAGCUAUAUUUAAGAAGAAAUACCUAACUGAAGUCUUAAUAUUAGCUUUAUUUAAGAUAUUACCUGAAUGAGGACUGAACCAUAGCUAUAUUUAAGAGAAAAUAUCUGAAUGAAGUCUGAAUAUUAGCUACAUUUAUGAGGAAAUACCUGAAUAAGGUCUGAAUAUAUGCUGGAAAUAUCUGAGCAUCUACCAAGACAUAUCUUCAUUUUCAUAGAAGAUAAAAAAUCUCUUAUACUGAAUUUCGAAUGUAGAAGUAUUUAUUGAUUAUUUGUAAAAUGAUCACAGAUAAAUUGCAGUCACAGAUUUUUAAUAGAGGCAGCUGUUAAUAAAUUGCAGUGACAGGUCUUGUUGUGUAAAGACAUUAAAUAUUAAUAUCUUUAAAGAUAUUUUCAAUUCUGAGGAACAUUUUGCUGAUCGAGUGUGCACAAUAUCAUAGCAGCAAUGGAAAACUUGGCGCCAGCCCCUCCAUCCAAUAUGAUGAUUGGUUUUGGUCUAUCUAUGAAUGUGUGUUUUUCUAUAACAAUUAUCAUGAUCAACAAAUGGGUUUAUGUAUACGGAAAGUUUCCAAACCUUACGCUGACAUUUAUUCAUUUUGUGAUAACAUUCCUUGGACUUUUUGUAUGCCGACUUUUCAAAGUGUUCAAACCAGCUAGUCUUUCAAUAUUACAAGUACUUCCAUUAGCAAUGACUUUUUGUGGAUUUGUGGUAUUUACCAACCUGUCUUUAGGAACCAACAGCGUGGGGACAUACCAAAUUAUAAAGACCAUGACAAUGCCUUGUAUUAUGAUCAUCCAGACUCAGUUUUAUAAAAAAUCAUUUUCUUUAGCCAUAAAACUGACCAUGAUUCCUAUAGCUAUAGGUGUAUUCCUGAAUUCCUUCUAUGAUGUCAAGUUCAACUUACUUGGAAUUAUAUAUGCAUCUCUUGGUGUGUUUGUUACUUCACUGUAUCAGGUGUGGGUUGGAGAAAAGCAGCAUGAAUUCCAGGUGAACUCAAUGCAGUUGUUAUAUUACCAAGCGCCCCUAUCAUCAGCCAUGUUGUUUGUUGUCAUUCCUUUUGUGGAACCUGAUGUGUGGAGUUUCCAUGGAGCACUGGGAGAAUGGCCAAUUCAUGUUAUUGGAAUGGUGCUUCUGUCAGGAGUGGUAGCAUUUAUGGUCAAUCUGUCCAUAUUUUGGGUUAUAGGAAAUACUUCAGCUGUUACAUAUAAUAUGGUUGGUCAUCUAAAAUUCUGUUUAACAGUAGUUCUUGGAUUCCUUUUAUUCCAUGAUCCAAUUAGUAUGUUACAAUUGCUUGGAAUUUUACUUACAUUAUCAGGUGUUAUAUUAUACACACAUAUAAAGCUCAAAGAACAGAAAACAAUGGCAGUCAAAUUACCAAUGUCAACAAAGGAGUGACAUCUUAUCAGAUGGAUUCAUAUUAUUUCAAACAAUAUUUAUGAUUUUUCAAGAGUAAUUGUUUCAGAUUAGUUAAGACUUGCCGGUUAUUUUAGUGAUAAGCUAUUUAAAAUGUUGUUUUUACUUUAGACAGAUAUAUAAGCUCACCUGGUGGAAAGGACCUCUAGUGUGAGCCAAUGCCAUUGCUUGGCAUCUGUGUUUUGUUGCUAGUCUUUAUUCUGCUUGUGUAAUAGUAGGAGGUUUGACGAGGCUGAUUUUUUGGUCCCUUGAGUUUAGAAAUAUAUUAUAAGUUGAUGAAGUAACAUAUGUCAGAUGACCAAAGGAGUGUCAGAUAUCUCUUAAAUUGUAUUUUUGUAUGUUUUUUACAAAUUUAUUUUAAGACUUCCAACUUUUUACAUUUAAGGCAAAGUAUCAACACUACCAAAAAGCCUCUUUUUCAUCAAUUUUAGAUAUUUUUCAAUUACAUUUAUAUAUUUUAUUUCAAGGAGUCUUAUUUAAAGAUUUUUAAUGGUAUGUGGGUCCAGCACCUUUGUAUGUAAGGCAUUGAAUUGUAUCUAAUAUUGCCAUACACUAUCUGAAAAAUGGCAAUUCUUUAUUUAAAAUGGAAGUCCUAUCCCUUGAAAAUGAAAAUUGAUUUGAAAACCAUCUCAAGCAUACAUGUCUUGGUAGGUUUUUUAAAUAUUUAGUCUUAAUCAAAUGCCUAUGAAAAUCAGUGCAAUUAAUUAACAAAUUAGGUCCUUUUGAAAUGUACAAUAUAUGGGUAAUAGACCACUUUCGAGUUCAUCCGUCACCGGCAAAAACUCGUCAAUUAUACACGCCUUUAUGACGUCAUUUACCAGAUAGAGGGGCUCGCCUGUAUCCCUGCACUAUUUACGUUCAUCAAGCAUCUUAAUGAUCGUCUUUGUGCAGGAUAAACUAGAAAUAAUGGUUGCUCUGUAGGUACUUACUGACAUUUCCCUAAUGACAGCAGUGUUGAUUGUCAAUUUUGAGAAUUCAAUUUGCCGAAUAAUUCGUACAAUAUAGAAUUAUAGUUUUUCAACCACUUGCUCAACAUUGGAAGGAAGUGACGACGCCCCUAAACGCACAAAUGACGAUGAUAAAGGCGCGUAUAAUUGACGAGUUUUUUCCGGUGACGGAUGAACUCGAAAGUGGUCUAUUGCAUUCUAAGCAAUGCUAAGGAAGCACAUAUUGCCAGAUUAAAAAAAUUAAUUCCAACGUUUACAAAAGAUUUAUUUACAAGGUCUUGGACAAGUUCCCUUAUCAGCUCUAGUUAACACGUUUCACUGGAGUUAUGCCCCUUGGAAAUAGUUAUUAUAUGGAGAACUGUUAAGGAGUAUUUUCCGAAAAAAUUUGAAAACUACGCAAAAAUCUUUAUUUUAGUUAUUGCAAUUAAACAGAUGUAUAUUUACAUGUGAGGGAACAUUAAAUUGCAGUUCUUUUUAUUAUAUUUUAAAUUGAGUGAUAAGGGCAAUAUGUAUAAUUAUUUCCCAUUUAAUUCAGUGAUGGUUGUAGAAGAAAACCCUUUUCAUUUGAUCUUUGUAACAUUCAUGUUCAAGUUAGUAUUGUAAUAUUCAGUGUCUGUCCGAAAGUUAUUGCAAUUAGAAACAAACACUUUUUAUCAUACUGUCUGCUUAUUGACUUUCUUUUUUCACCACCUUCAAUUAUGUUAGUUAACAAUUAGUUUAGUUUGAGUCAUAAGUUCUGUUUGUAAAUUACUAAUAUGUCAAGUUGGGGCCAGAUUUGUGUAAGUCAAGUUAUGAAAGGUUAACUACAAGUCAUGUUUUGGGUCUGUCUAUUAUAAAUUAGAAUAAGGAGUAUAUCAUUCUUUUAUGUUCACAUUUGAAUCAUUCAGAAAGACAAUAUUCAUUGUUAGAGUCCUAUCAUGAUGUAGACUUUACUAUUCAGCCAUCAUAAUUUUGAAAUACAAAAAUAAUUAAUUGAUCAGUUACGAUUUAUAAUUUCUUUAAAUGACUUUCAAGUGAUAAAGUAUCCCUAGUUCCAGUCUAACUAGUCCCCAGUAGAGCCAAGUGGAAUAUAAGGAUAUCUAUUCAUGAUUGGGUGCAAUAAUGAUGUAUGUUGGGUGCUAUCUGGUAAGGUCUAUAAAAGCUUUAUUCAUUGUUAUUAUAGAAAGUUAUAAGGAUAUCUAUUCAUGAUUUGGUGCAAUAAUGAUGUAUGUUGGGUGCUAUCUGGUAAGGUCUAUAAAAGCUUUAUUCAUUGUUAUUAUAGAAAGUUAUUGUAAUUUGAAGUGGAUUUUGCAUGUUUGUUUUACUUGUCAAUUACGAUGUCAUGUGACUAGUUAUGUGCUCAUUCCCUGCUACAAUCCAAUUGAUAUGGUCCCAUAAAUGUACCAAUCAAGCUAUGUGUGAUUUCAGAACAGUAUAUCUCAAAAUAAUGAUCUUAGUAUUUGAUUUCUUAUUUUUUAUUGUAUUACAAUAAAAAAUAAGAAAUCAAAUAGAUCAUUAUUUUAAAAGGUUUUAUUUUUUUAUAUUUUUUUUUUUUUUUUGCAUUCUCAUUCAAGAUUGUAUAAGAGGAUGCAUUAUUGCCUCUGUCUUUUUGAUGGUUUUUCAGGGCCAUUGUUAAAUCCCCAAAUGGACCCUUCCACGGUCCACCACUUAUAUUACAUAGUUGGAAAUAUAAAAAUAAAUACAAAUUGAAAACUCUAUUAAAUUAUAAAAGUUGUAGACUAUUAAAACUUCAUUUAGAAUAACUGUAUAAUCCUAUUUUUAUGCCCCACCUACGAUAGAAAAGGGGCAUUAUGUUUUCUGGUCUGUACCUCCGUUUGUCUGUUCCUUCGUCCGUUUGUCCAACUUCAGGUUAAAGUCUUUGGUCAAGGUAGUUUUUGAUGAAGUUGAAGUCCAAUCAACUUGAAACUUAGUACAGAUGUGCCCUAUGAUAUGAUCUUUCUAAUUCUAAUGCCAAAUUAUAGUUUUGACCUCAAUUUCACGGUCCACUAAACAUAGAAAAUGAUAGUGCAAGUUGGGCAUCUGUGUAUUAUGGACACAUUCUUGUUUUAAAAAGAAUUGUAAUUAUCAAUAUGUCAUCUAUAAUUCAUAAGAAAAACAGACUUCACCACCAAAUUUUGUGCAAUACAAUAUUUAUCCACUUGCGACAGUUAAAUUUUCAAUGUUAAAAACACUGCAAGCCGCACAUUUUAAAUUUGAAUAUUUAACUGUCAUAAGUGGAUAAAAAUUGUAUCACACUUGAGGCAGUAGUAGAAUCUAUAUAUAUACAUAGGAAAAUAUAGAUCUAGUGAUCUUAUAAAUGCUAGUUUGUCUUAAUACUGAGGAUUCAUUUUUUGGGGGAUGAGGAAAAUUAUGUUUCAUGUCAAGGAGGUAGGGUAAAAGAAUGCAGAUAAAUAUAUAUUGCAUCCUUUUAAUGAUGCUACAUGUUAGAAUCCUCUGUGCAAUAUGAUUUUGUGUUGAACAAAAAUGUAUUUUCAUUGUAUAUUGUUGAUUUUCUUUUUCUUUAGAGGCAUGUUUAUUAGUCUGUUAUACAUGUAGUAUAUUAUAUUGUUUGUAUAUAAUAUAUGUAUUAAACUUUUAAAUGGU